AUGACUUCAGUUUCACCAAAAUUACUUGCUAAACUUCCUUUACCCCCCGGAUUUGAAGCUUUGCCUUCCAACAUUAAAGAGAAAAUAAAAGAAAUUAACGGUGACCCUUCAAUAGAUUGGAGUAAAAAACAUUUAAAAGUUAAAGAAUUAAUUGGGACAUUACCCCAACAACAACAUCCACAUCCUCUAUUACACAACCCUUCUAUAAGAAUUCCAUCAACACAAAUUCAACAGACAAAUUCUGGAAAUGUUAUUCCUGAAUUCUUUCCACCUAAUCCUCCUCCCGGAUUCGAAAAAGUUUUACCCCCAGAAGUAUAUCAACAACUUUUACAAAUUCACCGUUCCCCUCAAUUAACUGUCCAACAAAAAAGUCUUCAAAUAGAUCAAAUAAUGCGUUCAUUGCCUCAAAACAUAAUUGACAAUUUGCCUUUGCCGCCGGGCAAUUUUUAA